AGACGUGCGACGCCGCCAGGGCGCAGAGGUCGCCCAACAUCAGGUCGUCGUCGAUCACUUACAGUCAGGAUUCACAGCAUAGGGAUGACAUAAAGCCGUGCCCUCGGUGCCAGGUACUGAUUGUUAAGAUGGACGAUGGCUCCUGCAACCACAUGAUGUGCACUGUCUGCGGAGCCGAGUUUUGCUGGCUGUGCAUGAAGGAAAUCAAUGAUCUUCAUUUCUUAAGUCCAUCUGGUUGUACCUUCUGGGGUAAGAAGCCGUGGUCGAGAAAAAAGAAAAUUCUCUGGCAACUGGGAACAUUGGUGGGUGCUCCUGUUGGUAUAGCUUUGGUGGCAGGCAUCACCGUCCCUGCUAUGAUAAUAGGCAUUCCAGUGUGGGUUGGUAGGAAGUUGUAUACAAGAUAUAAGGCAGCGAACAAGCACAAGAGGAAUGCUGCUAUUGUGGGAGGAGUGAUUGCUUCG